CCCAUCCUGCCGUCUGGCCCGCCUGGCCCGUUCGAAAAACCCAAUUCACCUGCAGACAGAUACCGCCCUUGUCGUCAGUCGCAGCCGGCAUCCUAUAAAUCACCGGCUCGCCUUUCCGUCGUGGUCACGGCAUCUGAGUCUCUGUUCGAAUCAACCCAAUCCAGCCCAAUCCCCCCCCUGUCCGAUCCUAUUCACUUCCGUCCGGUCCAGCCGAGUCCAGUCCCUCUGGCCCUGUCCUGAGCCCUGACCCCCAACUGCCUCUGCAUCCUCCGUCCAUCGCCGAACCCAAGCGAGUCGCCGUCCCUGCGUGCCCCGCCGCGCUCAAACACCUAUACCUCGCCACCUUCUGCCAUCACAUUACAUUCCCUUGGCAUUCGCCGUUGCUUGAGCAUCCAUCUCUCGCGCAUUGCCACCCGGCCAACUGGAAUCCAUGCGAUCAAAGCCCACGACAAAUACACCGCCUGCCGAGGCUCAGCCCGCUGGCCCGAUGCACGGCUUCCGCUUCACUGCAGACGAGCUCUCGCUGCUCACCACACCUGCAAAGUGCCCAGAGCAUCUCGCCAAGCUCGGCGGCGUUGAUGCCGUGUGCGACGGCCUCGAUGUCGACCGCUCUGUCGGCCUGUCGUCGCAUCUGACGAGCAUGUCCCCUGACUCGACCGUCAUCGCCAUGCCUGUCGUUUCGGCCGACCGGAAGGGCGAUUCGCUCGGACCCACCAUGGCACAUCGAUCAGAAGCCUUCGGCAAAAACACCCUGCCGGCGAUCCCGCAAAAGUCGCUGCUUCGUCUGAUGAUCCAAGCCUUCGAAGAUAAAAUCCUGGUGCUGCUCUCCGUCGCCGCUGUCGUUUCCCUCAGUAUCGGCCUGUACCAGGACUUUCGACCAAAAACCUCGGAUGACACCGGCGACGCCCUGCAAAAGACCCACUGGAUCGAGGGUUUCGCCAUCAUCGUCGCCAUCGUCAUCGUUGUGCUGGCUGGCAGCAUCAACGACUACCAGAAGGAGAAGCAGUUCCGCAAACUCAAUGCCCAGAAGGAAGACAGGACUGUGCGAACGCUGCGCGAUGGCAACAUCUCGCUGAUCUCGGUUUAUAACAUCGUCGUCGGUGACAUUCUGCUCCUCGAGUCGGGCGACAUCCUCCCUGCCGACGGUCUGGUUCUCAGUGCAAGCAGCCUCAAGGCCGAUGAGUCGUCGGCCACCGGCGAGACCGACUCGAUCAAAAAGUCGCCCACAACAGACCCGUUCCUGCUCAGCGGAAGCAAGAUUGUCGAGGGAACAGGCCGAUGCGUCAUCACGGCUGUCGGCGAACACUCGUUCCAUGGCAAGACCAUGAUGGCUAUGCGCACCGAGAACGAAGAGACUCCCCUCCAAGUCAAGCUCGACAAGCUGACCGAGCUCAUUGCCAAGCUCGGCACCGCCAUCUCGAUCCUCAUGUUCCUGGUGCUGAUUGCCAAGUAUAUCAUCGCGACAGCCACGACCGUCGGCUUUGGAUCUCUGCCUAACCAAGAAAGCGUCACAGAAGUCCUUUCCCGCGUCAUCAACAUCUUCAUUGCCGCCGUGACCAUCAUUGUGGUUGCUGUUCCCGAAGGCUUGCCGCUGGCUGUGACGCUUGCACUCGCAUAUGCCACCACCCGCAUGCUCAAGGACCAGAACCUCGUUCGAGUCAUCAGCGCCUGCGAGACCAUGGGCGGCGCCACCACCAUCUGCUCCGACAAGACUGGGACGCUGACGCAGAACGUCAUGACCGUCGUCAAGGGUGCCAUUGCCCAGUCCAUCGACUUUGACGAUCGUCAAGGAACCGCCGAUGCCUCGCUGGCGGUGCUGCGGUCGUGCCUGCUUCCGGCCGAGAAGAACCACAUGCAUCAGACCCUGCACGACCUGGUGCUCGAGGCUGUGGCCGUCAACUCUUCUGUCUUUGAGCGGGUCAACCCCGAGUCUGGCAAGAAGGAGUACAUUGGGUCCAAGACCGAGACUGCCCUCGUCAACUGGAUCCAGAAGAUGGGGGGCAACCCGGCCGACCUGCGGACGCAGCCGCACAUGGAGACCGUCCAGAUCUAUCCGUUUUCGUCCGAGCGCAAGUCCAUGGCCACGCUGGUCAAGCUGAGGAACAGCCAGGGUGCCGCCAUCUAUCGACUGCAUGUCAAGGGAGCCUCGGAGGUGGUGCUUGGAUACUGCCAGAACAUCCUUGUGGCUCACGGCAGCCAAGUCGAGUUCAGCGGAGCCAGUCCGCCUGAGCGCCGAAACAUGGGCCGGAUCAUCCAGUCGUUUGCCAAAGAGUCGCUGCGAACGCUCUGCAUUGCAUAUCGCGAUCUCACCGAGGCCGAGUUGAAUGGCUUGAUUCAAGGAAAGGGGCGAUUAGCUGUUGUCAAGGCUAUGUAUGAAGAAGGACUCACCUGCCUGGCGAUUGUCGGAAUCGAGGAUCCGCUGCGACCAGGCGUCAAGGAGGCCGUCGAGGACUGCCGACGGGCCGGAGUCGUUGUGCGAAUGGUCACGGGCGACAACAUUGUCACGGCAGUGUCGAUUGCCAAGCAGUGCGGCAUCUACCAGCCGGGAGGCAUUGUGAUGGAGGGUCCUCGGUUCCGCAGCCUGGCUCCGGCCGAGAUGGACCUGGUGAUUCCCCGACUGCAGGUCUUGGCCCGAUCGAGUCCCACCGACAAGCAGAUCCUGGUCUCACGGCUCAAGCAUCUCAAGGAAACCGUGGCAGUCACCGGCGACGGCACCAACGACGGACCGGCCCUCAAGAUGGCCGACAUUGGGUUCUCGAUGGGGAUCGCCGGCACAGAGGUGGCCAAGGAGGCGUCGUCGAUCAUCCUGAUGGACGACAACUUUGCAUCGAUUGUCAAGGCCAUGAUGUGGGGACGGUGCGUCAACGACGGCGUCAAGAAGUUUCUGCAGUUCCAGCUGACGGUCAAUGUGACGGCCGUUGUUGUUGCGUUUGUGAGUGCGCUGCUGGACGCAGACCAAGGCUCGGCCCUGAGCGCCGUGCAACUCCUCUGGGUCAACUUGAUCAUGGACUCGCUCGCGGCUCUUGUCUAUGCCACCGAUCUGCCGACGCGCGAGCUUCUGGACCGGCCUCCCGAGUCCAAGAGCCACCCGCUCAUCACCAUCGAGAUGUGGAAGAUGAUCCUGGGCCAAUCGGUGUUCCAGAUCAUCGUCAACCUUUUGAUUCUCCUCAAGGGCCCGGACCUGUUUGGCUUCCGCGAACUUGCCGCUAUCCUCACCACCAUCCUCUUCAACACCUUUGUGUGGCUCCAAAUCUUCAACAUGAUCAACUGUCAUCGAGUUGACAGCCACCUGAAUGUCUUCAAGACCAUUUUCCGCAACGUCUACUUUGUCAUCGUGUUCGUCGCCGUCAUUGUCUGUCAGGCCAUCAUCGUCCAGUUCGGUGGCGUUGCCUUCAAGACCCUGCCGCUCUCGGGUGGUCAGUGGGCCAUAUGCAUCGCCAUCGGUCUCGUGUCCCUCCCGCUCGGCGCUGUUAUUCGGCUCGUCCCGGAUGAGAUUGUGCAUCAAUGCCUUGGCCCGACCCUCCGCCGAAAGCUUGCUGCUCCCACUCAUACGGACCACCACGCUGUCGCCCAUGACGACAUUGACUUUGAGGCCAUCAUUGGACCGCAGGUCACUCUCCACGCCAACGACGGAAAGCGCGACCCCCGUGAGAUGUGGCGGAACGCCAUCAGCUCCGUCCAAACCGAGCUCAAGGUCUUCCGUGUCCUCCGAAGCGCCCGGCGCCUGGAUCGCAUCUCGACACACUCGCGAAGCAGCUUCAGCUCCUCAAUCCGAGAGGCCAUUUGA